CUUCACUCUCCUCAUCAAUCACAUCCUCUCACUAAGCAAAAAAGAGCAAACCUUUUCGAAUCUCAAAUGGCUCGUACCAAGCAAACCGCGAGAAAAUCCACCGGAGGCAAAGCCCCGAGGAAGCAGCUCGCAACCAAGGCGGCGAGGAAGUCUGCUCCGGCCACCGGAGGAGUGAAGAAGCCGCACAGGUUCCGUCCCGGAACCGUGGCGCUGAGGGAGAUCAGGAAGUACCAGAAGAGCACCGAGCUUCUGAUCCGCAAGCUCCCCUUCCAGCGUCUUGUCCGCGAGAUCGCUCAGGACUUCAAAACCGAUCUGAGGUUCCAGAGCAGCGCCGUCGCGGCUCUGCAAGAGGCGGCGGAGGCGUACCUUGUGGGUUUGUUCGAGGAUACGAAUCUUUGCGCGAUUCACGCUAAGAGGGUAACGAUCAUGCCCAAGGAUAUUCAGCUCGCGAGGAGGAUCCGCGGUGAAAGAGCUUGAAGACUCUUCGUUGAUGGGCAAAUCUGUUUCUGGGAUUUUAGUUUGUCUUUAGUUUAUGUGUUCCUUUGUUGUAGAGCUUGGCUCGUGUUUUGUUUUUUUUAUUUGUUUAGGAUUAGUCUCUGUUAACAUAGUCGUGAAGGUGUUCGUCGAAAUGUCCCAACGAGAAUCUCUCUUGUUUAAUAUAAAAAAACUAUUUGCCCAGUU